AUGAAGUCAUUAUUCGAUUAUUCUCCGUGGUGUUGGGGAGAAAAGUAUGCCUAUGGCCAUGGUCGCCUCCUUCCUGGGGAUUGCGCCUCCAGGGACAGCCUUUUGCACAUUGCUUGCCGGCUGGGAUCGUUAGAUAACGCCAAAACACUCUUAGAGUUCGGAGCGAGGGUAAACAUCCAAAAUAGCCUUGGACAAUAUCCACUUCAUCUUGCCAUGUCAUCACUUGACAAAGUCCUCCUGCUAUUUGAGCAUGGAGCAGACCCGAACUGCCGUGAUAACGGAUGCACUCCCCUUCACUGGGACUAUGACGGAAGGAGCUUUACAUGGGUUACAAAUGCGCGGGUCAGAAAAAAUCACCUUCGCUCAGAAGAAGGUCUUCUUGUCACGAGAGAAUUUAUCAAGAGGAACGCCGACCUCGAGGCCGAGGAUGACAACAAUCUUACGCCACUCGAGGUAGCGUGCUUCUGUCAUGCCACCAAAAAGCUUGAGCUCAUACUGGAGCAACUCGUGGCAAGUCCAGGUGUUCUUGAAAAACCACGCUCUAGACUGCUUCCCAUCGCGUGCUCAUUCACCAACAGCCAAUUACGCGAAAAUGACUACUUAGGAAAUGAAAUGGCGUUUAAUUGCAUUCCUAUUCUCUGCCAGUACGGAUUUAAUAUCAACGCACAAGAUGAGAAUGGAAUACCACGUCUCCAGCACCUCCUGUCAUUUGGUGAUGAUAAUAACGUCAAGAAUUUCUCUGGCCGAACCGCUCUUCACAUUCUUGCCGCCAAAGGAAACCCCGAAGAUAUCAAAAUGUUAGCCGAUUCAGGGGCUAUGUUAAUAGCAGAGAUGAUGAGAGACAAACACCACUUCACGCAGCAGUCUCUACAGAGUAUCGCAAUUUUCACAAAGUCAAAAUACUCAUCAAGCUCGGCGCCGAGAUCAACAGCAGGGACAUUUGGGAACGAACACCAUUAG